ACCUGAUUUCUAACAUUCGAAAUCACUUAAUCGUUCGAUUUUCUAGAAUACUUUCUCGGAUUUAUGUACACUUUUGGAAUACUGUCGCCUUACUUAUCGCCAACUUCAUCUAAUUUAUUUUCAGGUGACUUGUAAACAUUUGAUAACUAUACAACCAAAGAAAUUAAAUACCAUUCCAAUCGUACACAAAUGAAAAGGUGUAAUUCAUUACGAUCUACAAAAGUUCGCGGCUCUAAACUGAGACGGAUAUGAGUAGUCUGAGUGCAGUCAUGCCCGCCAGAAAAGGCAUUCUAGGGACUCCCCUCACUGUAAGACAGAGUGACGACAAAUUGUCUGCUGUGUCUAGCAGCUAUGAAAAAUCCCGAUCAGUGGGCGAGGAGAAGAACCCUAUCCCUUUCGUUCAGGAGGAUGGAUUUACGGAUAUCGUGCUGGUGGUGGAGGGAAAGCGCCUCCACACGUCCAAAAGUCUGCUGAACAUGUCAUCUCCUGUUUUAGCCAGAAUGCUGGCCUCACCAGAACAAAAGGACCAGCGGGAAUUUCCACUGCAGGGAAAGUCCUACGAUACGAUCCAUGAACUGCUGUACAUUCUCCAUCCUGCCUACCAACGCAGGGUGACAGACCAUACUGCUUUCCAAAUUCUGCCAAUCGCAGAGGAGUACCAAAUUUGGAAUCUGAAGCAACGUUGUGAGGAAAUUCUUCUUCAGUCCCUUAACACAGAGAAAUCCGUUAAAGACGAUCAAUUACUUCGGUGUCUCCAAAUUUCUGAUACGUAUAAACUAUUUGCACUUUGGACCAAAUGUCUGCAGCUUUGUGCCAAACCAAAUGUCAACCUCGCGUCAUUGCAGCGAAAUCCGGAAUAUGAGCACGUAUCUAGGUUUUUGAAAAGCAUGCUCGAGGCCUUCAAAACUGGCAGUACUGAAACACAUCGGCAACAUAAUGACGGAAGUCAUGUCGUCAUUUCCAGAAGAGGUAGCACAACGCUGAUUGAUGAAACAAACGUCAGAAAGUCCUACGUAACUAGUCACACCCAAACAAAAUUCUAAAAUUCAUAGAAUGUAAAUCGUAUUAGUGGACCUCGUGACCGGCAUGUGGGUAUUUAUCAACUGCUGGACAUGUACACCAGUCAUUUACGUCAGUAGAAUCCAGUCCCUAGAUUCACUUUGUCAUUUUCAUUUCAACAGUAUUUUAUUCAUGUAUAUAUAGAAAAUACAUACAUAAAUAGGGUUAGGCAUGGAUUCAUUUUGUGUAUGCAUUUAUAGUUUUGAACAUUAUUCUAGCCAUUGUUGCCACGUUACACAAUCAGGAACAUUAAUUAUUGUUGACUCCGAGCUACCAUAACCUGGUGCUUCUUUUGAUCUACACUGUAUUAACACUGUAUUAACCUAUUUCCUCUUCUCCUUGUGGAGAAAAACUUCAUAAUGUAUUGCAGUAUGUAAAAUUUCUUUGUAAAUAUUUUAAUAAAUCAUAUCACAAUUAA